UUGAAUAACAAAAAUUCCAAGAAAUUUUAAUCAAAAGGCAGAAAACGGCCAAAAAAGAAGCAAAAAUUAUUGACGCAUUCAGAUACCAAUUUCCGAGAAGCGCAUUUCUAAUUUAGACCGAAUUCUCAGAAGUGACAGACAAGACACAGCAAAAACAGCCAGAGGCAACAACAAAAUUACAUAGCGUUGUGUGAGGACGGCAAAGGCAACACAAACAACAAUACAGUACGAAAAAUAAAUACUUGGUAAAGUGUGAAUGAUGGGAGCAAAAUACGCGGGGUGCCGUGUGGCCAACGGAAAGCGCUGAGCGCCACUUAUUCAAUGGCAAUGUACGACAGCCUUGCGUGUGUGUGUGACUGUGUAAAAACAUAUACAUACGUCUAUGAAACAAAUCGAAUAAGAGCGUAAAUGAAAAAAAUGAGAGCCCAACAGAGGCUGAGAAUUGACUCUCGGUUGCCAACGUUUAAAGAAAAGGUGUGCGAGUGAGGUAUUGUGUGCAAUGUAUUAUAUGAAUGCCAGCGUGCGGCAGAGAAAAAAAAAAACAAGAAAUAGACAUUUCAUGUCGUUUUAUUUCGAUUCGUGGGAAAUUUUUAAUUGUUUCUGUGAAUUUACAAUGGAAGCGAAAUUAGUUGCUGAAUGUCAAAGUGAAAAAGUACAGAAAAUAAAUUUUCGCCGUAAUUUUAUUUGUCGCUGCAUAGAUCUGCAAAUAUUUAUUUCUGGUUCCACGAAUAGUGGCUUACCACAUUAGUUCAGGUGUAUUAAAGUUUAAUCAAUCAUCUUCCUAUAUAGUAUCGUCUAAUAUUUAAAUGUAUUUACAAUUAUAAACGUCUGUGUACACUUCAGUUAGUUGCUCAACCAUAUGUACACACAAAUGUAUAUAGGUUUAAAAUAUUUUCUCAAAAUAACUGUUAGUAAUUGCAAAAAUGUGGACUUUUGAAAACCCGUUAAAAAUAUGCAAAACGUUGGAGGCUUGUCAUCGGCUGUGACAUCAUACUAUUAAUAGGAACAAUACUCGUGACUCGCGCGCGCUAAUUAUUAUUAAGUCCUACGUAAUGAGCAAUUUUCUAUUGCCUCAUCGCUCAUGUAUGUACGUAUGUAUAUACACAAGUUAGUUUUAGAAAAGAAAUAAAUGUAUAAAAUACCCGGAUAGUCACAAUGAUUGUUAGAGAAUUCCAAUUAAAAUUUUUUUUAUUACUACAGUACCUGUAAAACAAAUUAUGUGAUAAUAUGAAGUUGUCAAGUGGAAUGUAUUUAUGAGUAAUCAGCAUAGUACUGUAUAAUAGGGUAAAGUACAUACAUACAUAUGUACAUUUAACUUCUGAUUCUCUUGCGCUGUAUAUGAAUAACACACAGAUGUACAGAGAUAGAAAUUAUCAACUUGUAUAAAUAUCUUCCGAUGGGGCACCGUUCCAGCAAAAUAUCUGCUGGCCUCACCAACGGUAACAAAAAUUCAAUUAAGGAAACAUCAUCGUCGACCAAAUUAACCAAACAUUCGUCACGUCGUCAUUCAUCACGUCGCUUUUCAAAAACGUCUUCAACUGCAAAUAGUGAAAGUGGUCAGCUUUAUAGAAACUCAAUAGCAUCACUAACCAGCACUAACGUCGCCGCCGUCUACGGUGAUAAGUUCUUGCCAAUUUUACGUCUGGAUAGCGAUACAAUAGCUGAAACUUCCAACCUUUCAUCAGUGGCCAGUAAUUCAACCGGUCAGAUUAUUAUAAAAAUACAUUUCAAAACACAUACGCCUGAGAUGGAUAAUACCCAACAAAACAUACUGCAACCAACAGCUGAGUCACAUGCGCAUGUGGUGGCAAAUAGCGAUACUUAUCGUCGCUUAGUCGAUACAAAUUCGAAUAAGGUGCCGCACACAGAUGCUGGUGUUGUGGAAGCUGCUGGCAGCUCCAUUAAUUCAAUGUUGAACAAUAACAAUGCCAACAGCAAUAGAGCGUCCCUUCCAAAUAAUUUAAAUGUUUUGCGCAUUACGGAACCUUUGGUGGAACAAGCAGCGGAUCGCGCUGGCAAUGUUGAGUAUUAUGAGAUUAUGGAAGAGAACACAGCUACAACGCAUAACCGGCCGUCAGUGAGUAGCCGACGUCAGAAAGCCAAGUCGGCAUUUAUGAAUUUGAAAAGCAUGCUAGAAUCAUCAUCAUCCUCCUCAGGCAGCAACAAACUAAACAAACUAUCAAAUAGCAACAACAAUAAUCAUUGUAACGACAGCAGCGCUAAUCAUUCCCGAAACACUUCUCAAGCGCCGCCAGUAACAGCUGAGGCGCAUUUACGACAAAAGCAAUUACGACCGUCGAACAGUGAAGUAAGAAUGUCACUACCUACGGUCAGCACUUCCAGCUGUCAGCGUGAUAGUGCUGUUAGUAAUGUUAAUUCUUUGACAACUUCCACACAUACUCCAACUCCAGUAUCAAUAACUACCUCAAGUGCAGCGCAGCCAACACCGACAGUGACAGCAACAAAUGAGCAGCUCGCCGUUUGGGCAUCCAAUAAAGAUUUAAUAAUCUCUUCCAUAAAUGUAGUGGUUUGUCCAACGACAACAACAACAUCGGCAACAGCAACAGCAAUCACGAGUAAGCCAGCAGAGCGUGUACCGACAGCGCAAAUCGGAAACGUUAUUAGAAAUGAAAGCGAAUCGGUGGUCGGUGAAAAAUGCAACAGUAAUCCACAAAGAACUAAUGAAGGACGUGAUCACACAAAUAUAUCGCAAACUUCAAUUACGAAGAAUGCCGUACAUGUCUUAUCCACAGCGACGUCACCUAUUGUACACUCACAAGUAGAUUUUGUACACUACCUCGUGCCAGAUUUGGAGCGAAUUUUCAAUUCGAGUUUUUACUGGGGCAAAAUGGAUCGCUAUGAGGCCGAACGUUUGCUUGAGGGCAAGUCUGAGGGCACAUUUUUGCUACGCGACUCUGCGCAAGAGGAAUACCUGUUCUCGGUAACAUUCCGAAAGUACGGACGUUCGUUACAUGCGCGUAUCGAACAGAGUGGACACAAAUUUAGCUUUGACUGUCAUGACCCAGCCGUAUUUAGCACAUCCACCGUGACCGGUUUGUUGGAACAUUACAAAGAUCCCGGCAGUGUUAUGUUCUUCGAACCAAUGCUGACCGUACCAUUCCAUCGCAAAAAAGUAUUCUCAUUACAGCAAUUGGCACGCGCCGCCAUUGUAUCGAACACCAGCUAUGACGGUGUAUCCGAACUGGAGUUGCCCGUGCGUCUAAAAUCCUUCCUUAAGGAAUACCACUACAAACAGAAAUUGCGCGUGAAACUACUCGAUGAAAGACUACUCACAUAUACCUAGUGUCCGCUGAACGCGGCCAAUUAUCGGGCCGCCAUUGUAACCGGCACCAGUACUGUGCGAGCCAACACUGGCGCCGGUGAUGCCGGUCGAAUAAUGUUGCAUGCAGCUACGUUUGGCGUAAAUGUCGGCGCUACUAUUAGGCAUGGCAGUGUUGGAGUGGGCAGCAAUGCUGCCGCACAUUUCGUUGAUGGCUUAGUGAAUAUGCGUGUGGUGUCAGUGGAGGCGCUGCAAGAUCUUGUCGAUCUGGAAGAUCUGCAACAUGCAAACACAUUCGUUACAUAUGUACAACACUCAACUGUGGUGGAACAAUUGAACAGUGAUGCCAGCAGUUGUGCGCGCAACGGUGUUUGCACGAAGCGUCAACGACGUCAACAACUCCUAAAAAUACCGAAUCGCAUGACAGAAUUACUAAGCCGUGUAACAGCGAAUUUGAAUUGUUACAACAAUGUGCAGCGCCACAGAAGACACCGUCACGGGCAGCAGCAGCAACAGCAACAAACAGAUGGCAUGCCAUCGCCAAACCAACAACACUAAGCUAAACAAUAAGCUAUAUAAAUAAAUAUAAGACAAUCCCAGUGAAUAUGAAAAUCAAAAUUGCAAACAAAAACUCCAAAUGGUGUGAGACGGACAAAAUGAACAAAUAAUACCUAAGCACAAUUGCAACAGUAUCAAAAAGAAAAGCUCUACCGUCGCUUUACAUACACUUUUUUUUAAUUGUACAUGAUGCGGUAUCAAAAUAGUAUUAAGCAGCAGUUAUAUGUUAGUAUGAUAUUUUGUUGUAACCAGCAAGCAAACAAGCUGGCUGUAAGUAAAUGCAUGCUCAAAGCACGUUUGUAUUUAAGUCCAGCAAAUGAGCCACUGGUUGCGCACCAAAAUGCAUUUGCUAAAAUAAUAUUUACGCUAGUUAUCUGGUAGCUUAGUUUAAUGUUGAAUAUAAAAAUCUAUUAAAAUUGUAUGUAAUAUAAAAUGUACAUAUAUACAUAUAUAUGUAUGUAUGUAUGUAUGUGUUAUACGCUUGUUACUAUAUUAUAAUUCAUAGAAUUUUCAUUUAGUUUAUUUAAAUGUAAAAACUAGUUUUAUAAUUAUAGUUAAUGUCAUUAUUUAUUUUGCUCAUAAAUAUGUGUGUACUUUAGUUUUAUUUAUUACAUAUCUGACAUUCGUAUAUUAUGCGCUCUCUACACUCUUAUCAUGUCAUAACAAUUUCUACUCAUCCUUAAGAUUUAUUUAUUUAUUUUUCCUUAUUAUAUUCAAUUCAGCAGCUUGCACAUCCAUUAAUUGUAAAAAUGUGAACAAAUUAUUGUAAAUGAAUGCAUGUACUUGGCAUUGCUUCUGUAUCUUUAACUUUUUGUUGCGGCGCAGCAAGUUUAAUAUUAUUAUUGUAUAUUAUUGUUAAUGUCGGCAAAUACAAAAAUCGCAGAGAAAGUACAAUAUACAAUUUGCAGUCACAGUGUUCUGCUGUACUUACAUAUCCAUGACUGUAAAACUGAA